CCCUCUUCCUCUUCCCCUCCUUUUCCCCAAACCUUUGCCGGCCAACGGAAGAAACACGCCAGUCCCCACGGCACGCCAAAGCUUCACCUCCCGCGGCGAUCGCCCAUCGAAACCCCCCCUCCGAUCCGGCACCGCCGCCGCCGCCUAGACGGCCUCGGUUGUUCUGUGUUAUUCCCAAUUACUACAUGAGUGCUGUGUAUAAAUGAUUCCAUGGAGACUCCAAAUGAAUUGACAUACUCAUCCCUCUCCAAAAUCGAUAGCUACCACAGCCAAGGAGCUCCUAUGUCCAAUCAAUCUCCAGGGAACAAUUAUCUUGCGCACGACUAUCUCUUUGAGCCAUCCCAGGAACCAGACUUUCCAUCAGAAUAUGGUCCAAGAGAAGAUCUAUUCACCAUACCACGACCUAGUUCAACUAUCAAUUUGAAGACUGUUCUAGGUGGUCUGUCUGCGAUUGUUUCUCGUGCAAGCAAGAAUGAGGAUGAUACGUUGCAGCAUCAAAAUCCUAGCACAGAUGUAUCAUUUCUAGGAUCUGGCAAGGAUGGCGAUUUGCAUUCGUCUGUCUGUGUUCCAAGUGCACCACCGCUUCUUGAAGCAAAUGCUUUACAGUUCAGAGCAUACAGGGAGGUGUUGCAGGCAGAUCCCCCAGAAUGGUUACCUGAUAGCACUACUAGCGUGUGCCUGCAGUGCAGUUCUCCUUUCACAGCUCUGACUCGUGGAAGGCACCAUUGCCGCUUCUGUGGAGGUAUAUUCUGCAAAGAAUGUUCCAAGGGAAGAUCCUUGAUGCCCAUGAAGUUCAGACAGCGUGAUCCUCAGAGAGUCUGUGAUGCUUGCUACGAUAGACUUGAUCCACUCCAGGGUUUGUUGAUCAAUUACAACAGUAAUGCCAUGCAGCCUGCAAAACAUGAUGUCAUGGAUUGGACGAGCACGAGAAGCUGGUUGAAUUUGCCUGUUGGAUUAUCAAUGGAGUAUGAGAUAUACAAGGCAACAAAUACUAUGAGGAAAUAUUGCCAGGUUUCUAGAUUAAAUCCCGAGAAGUCCAUCCCAUCAUCUAUCCUCAAGGGAGCAAAGGGGCUUGCUGUUCUAACAGUUGCCAAGGCAGGUGCAGUUCUUACUUACAAGAUUGGCACUGGCCUUGUAGUUGCUUGCAGAUCAGAUGGAUCAUGGUCCGCCCCAUCUGCGGUUUUAUCUGUUGGCCUGGGGUGGGGAGUGCAGAUUGGAGGAGAAUUGACAGAUUUUAUAAUUGUUCUUCAUGAUCUUAAAGCUGUCAAGGCAUUCAGCAGCCGCAUGCAUCUUUCUCUUGGGGCGGGAUUAAGUGCGGCAGCAGGACCAAUUGGCAGAGCCCUUGAAGCAGAUGUUCGGGCAAGUGAAAAAGGUUCUGGGAUAUGCUACACUUACAGCUGCAGCAAAGGUGCCUUCGUUGGGGUCUCACUGGAAGGAAAUGUCGUGACAACCAGAUUAGACACCAACCUGCGCUUCUACGGGGACGCUUACUUGACUACAAACGAUAUCCUGUUUGGGAGGGUGGAGAAGCCCAGAGCUGCCCAGCCCCUGUACUCAGCUCUAGAUGAUCUAUUCUCCAAAAUGGUUUGCUAGUUCUGGUCAUGGUAGUCUCAGAUUUCAGUGAUGUACAUAUAUCUAAAAAAGAUGCUAGGAAAUUCCUUGGGGAAAAAUGAAAAUGUACAGGUUUUAUUGGAUGGGUUCACUGUAAGUACGUACUGACGCAUGUAAAUAUUGUCAGGAUGUCUGCGGUUGUGUUGCAAUCGUGCAGUGAAGCACUUUUAAGUAACUCAAGUCCUUGUGGUGAAAACGGAGGACCACCUCAAAUUCAAAAGGAAGUGGUACAAGUAAAAGAUUA